AGGAGAGAAACAGAGCCUUGCUAGUAAAAAUUAUAAGUUAAAUUCUUCAAACUCUGCAGUUGGUGAUCAUCCGGAUAUAAUGUUCACUAUAAAAGUUGACGAAAAUAAUCUUGAGUUGCUUUAUGUUGAAAGUGGGCGAUGUUUAACUACUGAUCAAAAG